ACGAAGAACAAGAAGAGGAAGACGAAGAAGAAGAAAGAGGAGGACGGUAGGCGAAGUGGGAAAGGAGAAGAGGAUCCGGUCGGACUAACCAUGGCAGCAGCUGAUAGUGGGGCGAAGCCCCUUCAGAAUGCCAUGAAAAUGGCCAAAGUAGCAAUACAACUGGACGGAGGAAACAAACACAAGGAAGCUUACUGUGAAUACCUCCGGAUUAUCAGCUUCAUAUCACAUGCACUUUUGGAGGAAGCUGGGUCACAAAAGGAGAGGGAGAUGGAUGCAGUGGAGGUGGAGCGCAUGUUGAGGCUGGCUGAACAGUGUCUGGAGCGAGCCAAGUCAUUUAUAGGGAAGAGUGCCGACCCCCCUGACCCUGCUUCCAUCUCUGCAUCCUCCUCCUGUUCACCUGGCCAAUCAAAACUUCAUCAGACUGCUGUCCUCCCAACCACCACUGCUUCCAGCACUGUCCUUCCAUUCGAUAUUCCCGUUGACACAGGGUGUCAAGCAACCAGCCCAACAAAGACUGGCCACCACAGGGUUUUGUCAGAUGGUGGCGGAGAGCCCCCCCCUUUUCUUCCUCCUGAAAUAUUUCAGAGGCUGCAAACAGUGCAGUCACAGGACACAAGCAAAAAGGAGCUGACACCCAUUGAAGAAGCAUCACGUCUGAACCAGAAGUUGAAAGCCAAUUAUGAAGCACGUCUUGCAAGGCUCACACCUGGUCAGGCCUACCAGAAGACGUCUUUGACACUUUCUCUUCAGAGGCAGAUGAUGGAGAACCUCAUUAUAGCCAAAGCCAGACAGGAUGCUCUCCAGCGGAAGAUGGAGGAGAGAAGACUAAGACUACAGGAAGAGGCCAACAGGAGAUUUGCAGCAUCUGGCGCAAUGACUGCAGAGGAACAAGAGCAGCAUAUUCUCUAUACAAAAGUACUGGAGUAUGAGCAAGAUCAUGAUUGGCCCAAACUGUGGAAAGCUAACAUGAAGAAGAAUCCUGACGAUGUCACAUUAGUGUCAGGUCUAGUCUCGUAUCUGUUAAGCCGGUCUGACCAUCCAGUGGUGAAGCUGCUGAGGAAACACCAGUACCGACUUUACAACAGGCUCUACCCCAUCGUCAGUAAAGGCCUCCCUCAGAGUUCUGCUCUGACACUGAGCCCAUCACGCAGCACUCAUAACCUUCUUCAUCCAGAGAACCUGAGGAAGCCAACCAGGACUCUAGCCAAGAGCACUAGUGGCCAGAUCUACAGCACUGGCUCUUCCCCCUCACUCUCUCAUGACCCUGACUCCAAUUAUGACGAUGAGGAAGUAGGGGAGCCUCACGCACAGGUCUCGGUGGAUCGGGAGAACUCAUUUGAAGAUCUGGAGCAGUUCUUGACCCAGUUGGACUGGGCCCAGCCCCACAGCAGCACAGAUGAUACUGGCUCAGAUUUAGAGCUGACCUAUGAUCAGUCGAUGCAGGACGAGAGAAGCAUUCAGGAGAUGGAGAUGCGAGCACUGACGGAACACUUGAAGGCCAUUGUCAAAGACAUUCAUAUUGCAAUUGAUCAGCUCCUGUCACUGUGUUUGCUGUCCUUUGAGUGUCUAAACACUGCCAGCUCUAAAGACCUGUGCCUUGCCAGCAUAGAGGAAGCCUUCUUCACGCCACUUUGGAGCGCCCUGUUGGCUCUUUUCAGGAGGGUCAACAGGGAAAGAGAGCAGGCCUUUGAGAUGAGUAUGAAGCUGUACCAGGAUGCCUCGCCUGCAAUUGUUGGUGUUCCCUUGAAUCUGUUCCCCCAAGAACUUGGCUCCUACCCCUAUGAGUCUGCUGUUCAGGAGCUUAAGCUUCUCAUUACAGAUUGCUGUCCACAGAGGAAGUUGGAAUGUAUUGUUAGGACAUUACGGCUGAUCUGUGCGUGUGCCGAGGAUUACAGGUGUCUUCAUGAGGUAGACCCCACACCAAAAACAGCUGCCAUUGGUGCAGAUGACCUGUUGCCCAUUCUGUCCUUCGUGGCUCUGCAGUGCCAGUGUCCUCAGCUGGUGUCCGAAUGUGCUGCAUUGGAGGAGUUCAUUCAUGAAGGUUAUUUAAUAGGAGAAGAAGGCUACUGUCUGACCUCCAUGCAGAGUGCCUUGGCCUACAUUGAGUCAUUGCACACAGGAGGAGCUCAACUUCCUGCAGACAGUCUCAUUUAAAAAAGGUUGCUGCUCUCACAAGAGACCAUCUUGACUGCUCAUCCCACAUUUCCUGCUGUGUUACAACUGAACCUACAGCUCUCUGCAAGUUGUGCAGAGGCAUAUUAUCUUGUGCACACACAGACAUACCGUAUAUUUUUGCUCUGUUUCCAACAGAGGAUUAAACCAGUGCUUAUGAGUAGGUUCUAACCAAAGCAGAUCCUGCAUGGAGCCAAACUCAAUAACAGCAACAAAGUGUUAUCAAACUAUAAGCAUUGCUGCAUUAAUUAGCACUGGAUUUUGAAAGGGACUACAGUAUGCGAUUUAAGUUUGGAAGUGAUGCAAACCAUAUUGCAGAUUUUUCUUAAUUUUUUUUUUCUCUUGCGUUGCAUUUAACAUUUCAGUCCAUAUAAUGUGGCAUUUUGUUUUUUUUUACAAAAACAUGCAAACUCAUACAUUAAACAGUGUGUGCGCAUGUGUAUGUGUUUGUUUUUUAAGAAUUGUUGUAAAAUCCAUCCACAGACUGUGGAUUAAAAAAUAGCAAUUUAUGCACUUUCGUUGAUGAAGCUUUGCGUGGUUAGGCUACACUGGGUAGUGGAUUUGAGUUCACACAGUAAAUCAACAGACAGUCUUGGCAACAGGACAGAAGCAGUGUUUCCAAGCUGUACUGUAAAAAAAGACAUUUGUAGCUUCUCUUGACAGUCACUGUGUUUGCAUUAACAGCAUGUUGGUUUACAGUCAAUUUAGCUCUACAGCUACAUGGUUGGGUAGUAAUACUGUGCGUGUGUGCGUGAUUGUGCGUGUGGUGGGGGGUGUUGCGUGUGUUGUGGGGUCUUGGUCGAGUUAGACAAUUAGUGUUUAGGGUAGGGGUUAUGCUAAGUCUCAUGGGAUUGAAUGUAAGUCUAAGUGAUGUCCCAAGAAUUGACUUGGCGUGUGUGUGUUUUGCAGACAAUUUGCAAACCCAGGCACGGUGACUGCAGGUACUUGUGUCCACAUCGGUCAGUUUUGAGUUGGUGGUGUUUUAGGUGUACAACAGUGACCUUGUUUUUGAUUUCUUGCCUGUAUGCACACACUUCCUUUAACCUUGAAUUAAUUUUUUUAACACCAAAGUUCAAAAUCUUAAAACUCUCCUUAAGAACCAUAAGACUCAAAAUGUUAACCUUUAAAUUUGGAAAUUGAAUAUCCGAUGAGAUCUUGUGGCAUUUAGCAAACAUUAGAUGUAAAAUGUUAAUGUGGUGGUAUGAUGUUGAUCUGACAAGACUGAACAGAGGUCUUUACUGAUAUUUCAAUUUUUUAAAGACAUUCCUGUUAAGUCCUUCAUACUGUUUGGUUUUAAAUACUUGCAAAAAACCAGCAUGGAUGUUGACCUGAAAGGGUCUUGUGCUUUAAGCUUUUUUUUUUCUUUUUUUUUUAAAUUAGCAAAAUGUGUUUACUUGAGUCACUGUUUCUAAAGCAUGUUGUUUUUUUCUUUGAAGAAAAGGUGUGUUUCUCCCUUUCAUCCCUCCCAGACAGCAUUUCGUUUCUGUUUCUUUGAACACGGUGCACAGGUCAACUUCUAAAUUCUAGAUAUUUGCCUUGUUUUGUGUCCAAGUUGUUUCAUGAUUGCAGUAAUGCCUCUGAAACCUUAUAACCUUGAUCUCAUACAGGUUUCAAGUCCUUAAAUCCAUUUUUGUGCUGCGCUGGAAUAAAUGGAAACCCACGGCUCCUGGCCGAUGGGUGCAAGGAACAUUCAAAUAACUUCAGCUAUGGUGUGUCUCAGUAAAUGUUGGGCUGUAACUUAAAUUUUACUGCAUGUGUAAAUAUACUAGUAUAUGCAAAAAUGUAGUUUGGUUUGUAUUUUGAAAACAUACCUAAAGCAGACUUACCUUCAGUGUCACUUAGCGACUGAAUAACAACAGUUUUAUAAAUGUUCAUUUUAUUAAUUUAAUUUGUUUGCUUGUCUGAAUGUACAAUUGAAUUUUUAUUUUGUAUAGGUCCAAAAGAUGUGAAAGAAAUGUCUUAAGAACUGUUAAAAUGGAUUUACUACUGCUAUAUUUUUCAUUAAUACCAAAAACAGAUUUAUGUCUAUGUAAUAAAUGUUUAUGUAAUUAUAAUUAAAAUGGCAGGAUGCUGUGAUAUUAUGCAAAGUGGAUAAAGCCACUACAUAAAUGUAAAUUAUUGAUUGUACAUGUUCCAUUCCUUUUGAAAAGUGAAUGUGUUGUUUCAGUGUUUGGCAGUUUUAAAACAGAGAAUAGUGAAUGCGUGUUGGGUCAAUAAAGAGAACAGAGAAUUGUGUAAA